AUGGAGAGGCGAGGUUCUCGCGCAAGGAGGAGGAUGCUCGCGGUGGACAUAGCGGCGGCUGAAGCCUCAGGCAAUAACAGUAGCUUCGGGGUGAAGCAAAACGAGCGGGAGCAAGACGACCCUCCAGUCAUCGAUACAACGUCCGUGGAAGUUGAACGAAAGGCGGACGGAUCGGUGGCAAAGGUCAAUGAGUAUGUGGUGGUUCGUGAUCUCGGGCGUGGUUCCUCGGCGGAAGUUAAGCUGUGCCGGCUGCUGAUGCCGCCAGAUCGCGUUAUCGACAACCGACACACAAACGAUAAUGGAUUGUCGGCUACCCGCGAGAGUAUCGCUGAUACGGUCGGUGGCGGGGGCGGGGAGGAGAGCCGCAGCGGCAGCAGCGGUAGCGGGAGUGAGGGUCAACGACGGCGCCGUGCUAGGGGCGACACUUACAAGGAGCGGGUGGAGAGGCAGGAGGGGGGGCAGGACCAUGGUCGGGACCAGGAGCGGGAUGAGCUGGACGGAGGAGACCUUUAUGCGGUGAAGAUUUUCGACCGGGCCGAGCUGAUGCGGCGCGGCGCGCGGUUUGCAAGACCUCGGGCUAGAGGGCCCGAUGGCGCGCUGCUGCCCGCCAAGGCCACCCCGGAAAACUACAUCAAGGUGCAGCGAGAAAUCGCCAUCAUGAAGAAGCUGGUGCAUCCAAACGUUGUCCAGCUCGUCGAGGUGAUCGAUGCCCCCCGGGAUCGCUCCCUGUACAUGGUGAUGGAGUACGUCGAGCGAGGAGCCGUCAUGUGCUGCGUCGAGCAGGAGAUGGGCCGCUACGAGUGCUCUCCGAGCGUUAGUGAAGGCGGCUGCUUGGACGCACGUACAGCGGCCCGCUACUUUGCCGACGUCCUGGCGGGGCUGGAAUACCUUCACUUGCAGCUCAUCGCGCACCGUGACCUCAAGCCUGAGAACGUGCUCAUCGGGAACGACGACCGUGCGAAGAUAGCAGACUUCGGCGUGUCUCAAUACUUCCACGAUGACGAGCCUCGGACUCUCAAGUCGGCACGCUCCCUCGCCAGAUCCACGUCUCGCGCCCAGAUGAGCUCCACGGAGGGCACGUGGUGCUUCUGGUCGCCCGAGAUGUGCGGCGAGCGGGGAGAGGGUGCCGCCUUCAACGCCUACGCGUCCGACGCGUGGGCCGCGGGAGUGACGCUCUGGUGCCUCCUCUACGGGACCGUGCCCUUCUUCAGCCUGAACCCCAUGGACCUGUUCACGUCCAUCGCACAGGAUCCGGCGCCAGUACCAGAUGGGGCCGACAUGACCCUCAAAGACCUCCUCAACCGGCUUCUCACCAAGGACCCGGGGAAGCGACUGACGGUGCCGGAGGCCCGUGACCACUGCUGGGUACAGCCGCCACGGCCGGGUGAGCGGUGCGGCGAUCGGGGCGAAGAUGGCGACGGCGGCGGGGAAGGUGGCGAAGGCGGCGGAAGCGGCGGAAGCGGCGGAAGAGGCGGAAGUGGUGGCGAAGGUGGCGAAGAAGGCGAAGAAGGCGGGGUUGGGAGCGUGGCGUUCCUUCGCGGGGCGCUGCUGGCGAAAAGCAGCUUUUCUUCUUCUCUCUCUCCUUCCGCCCUCCUAGCGGCCGAUGACUCUCGUUUCGGCGCUGCUGCUGCUGCUGCUGCUGGCGGUGGUGAUGGUGAUGUUGGUGACGGUGGUGGUGGUGGUGGUGAUGGCGGCGGCUCAAAGACGGCCGGUCCCUGGGGAGACAGCGCGCGAGAGAGGGUCGCCGUUAGCGACGCGGACGUGAGAGCAGCUGUGACGGAGGCCCCCGGCUUCGUCCUCGUUGCGAAGAAGAUCAAGGGCAAGGUGGACGGGAUGAAGGUAAAGGCGCGGCGGCUGUCGAGCGAGCUCGGGGGUGCUACGGUGGCGUCGCUCGCCGGGGUGAAGGGAAGGAACAAGACGCGUAAGAAGAGCCGAAGCAGCAGCAGUGAUAGAGGCGGCGAUGCCGCCGCCGCCGCCGCCGGCGACAGGGGUGCUCCGGAGGAACAACACUCCUUCUCCUCGCUGUCGGGAAGGGGCCAGCGAAGGCAAGAAAAUAGACGAAAGACGGACGAUGAUGAGGAGGAGGAGGUAGAGGAGGAGGAGGAGGAAGAGCGGGAAGAAGAAGAACAGGAGUCUGUAGGACCUCACCUAGCGCGACCGAGAGCGUCAUCGGCCGCCUGCGUGAUUAGCUAG